UGCCCUUCGUUAAACUGUAGUAUCUGCUUAUGAGAGUAGCCAUGACUGUUCGCUAUGCCUUCGAAUAUCUCCCGCAGCAUCUUUAGGUCAUGCCUAUUACUCGCUCUACUGGGCGAGACGCUACCGGCUUCCGCUGAGCAAAUCUGGGAGAGUAAGCCUUGGAUUCGAAAGUAUCCAUGCAGCCGUGGAUAUCAAGGCAUAGGUUCCAUUGAGAUCAAUCCCUUUUGGAUUGACAGCUUUCGAGGAUCAUGGAAUACUGAUGCAGAGAGUCGGUCCGCGAGCUUGGAGUUGAAUAUCCUCGCGGUCCAUAACGCAUCGCUCAUGAGUUGUCAAGAUAUUGAUGUUUCUUCACUGAAAAACUCGAUUGAUUUUCAAGUCCUUGGCCACUCAGUUGGGAAGCUGGAGAAUUUCUCAAGUAACUGUCCUUUACCUAUCACUGAUGCUUUGACUCCAAUUGAAAAGACGCGUUUUAGCUCCUAUCAUCUGCUUUACAGCUUUCAAAGCACACAUGAAUUUCAAACUCUCGCGUCAACGUUCCGUUUCAGACGAGUCGAUGGCCAAGAAUUAGACUGCGGCAAAGCGAAAAUCACACCGGACUUGGACGACAGUAUAUCAGCAGUUCUGACAUUCGUACCGCUUGCCAUUCUGAUCAUCGUCCCUCUCUCAUCAUGGCGAGUGAACCAGAACAGUCUCACCUGCGCCCAUGGCUCCAAUGCUAGUUCAUUCUGGUCAAUCGUUCUGGAAAUAACGAGCUACCUUCGCUACCUGCAAUUCGCUUUCAUAACGGCAUCAAUGACCAUUGAAUAUCCUGGAUUCUUUGUUCCUGCAGUGAGCAAACUCUCCUGGGCCUCUUUACUAUACUGGUCAGGUCCGUUCAGAAGUGGAUACAUGUAUGAGGGUCCGACUGGUGGUAUGUACACCAGCAAUGCUUCUUAUGGGCUUGGUUUCAUGACGCAGAUGCUUCGGUACCCAAAUAUGCUCAAUACCUUGGCGAACUCCCUGAUUAACUUGAUAAUUUUGAUUUCACCGAUGUUCUUUCUCUUACUAGUCUCAUUUUGGACCUUCUCUCAUUCAAACUCGGUGCAUUCCCUCCCUUUCCCUUCGGUACUCCAGAAGGCUGCCUCGACAACUAUCGGCGUGGCACUUUGCUUCUUCAGUGUGCCUUUACUCUCUUACAUCUCAUACGAUCUUAUUCUUGUCGGCUACCUACCAAACUACCGCAUUGGCUUAGCUGUCGUAAUGCUACUCAUAAUACUUGCAGCCGGGCACUUUCUCGUCCGAGUACUGGAUGACGAUGCAGGCGACCAACUGAAACCACCGCGAACCAGCCGAUUGGAAACGAAUAAUCCUAGUAUGGAUUUCCACACACUAUGGCGGCUGCUUUCUCAUCAUAUACCCCAUACAAUGCCGCUUUUACAGGCCAUCGGCGUUGGGAGCCUUCAAGACUUUCCUCUUGCCCAGCUCUUCAUGUUAAUUGCUUGCGAAGCUUUCAUCAUUGUUUCACACCUAAAUACAAGACGAAGCACGCGGAUCAAAUCAUUGACUGCAAUGUACAUAUCGGCCAUGCGAUUGAUCAUCUUGUUCCUGAUUAGCGUAUUUGCCUGCCCUAUCACUGAAGCCGCAAGACAGUCAGUUGGCUAUGUGAUUUUGGUACUCCACGGACUGUUCAUGAUAGGAUUUCUGAUCAAACACUCUUGGCAAGUGUAUAAGACAAUAUUGAGAGGUACACCUGUCGAUCAGACCUCUUCAACCCACUCCACCAGCGGAGAGUCGGACCUAAGUAAUUCUUUUCAUAUGGAUUCUCUUGAAACACAUUCAACAGCAGACUUACUUGAAUAUCGUCAGGCCCCGAGCAGGGAACCAUCCAGGCGAGACUUUCAACCAGAUCCAUCCACGCUGUUCAGACCGCCGAGGUCAGGAGCAACAAGCCCUGCUUAUCACGCACCUCGACCAGCGACUACUUCAACAAUUCCAAGGUCACCAGUAAUUUAUAACAGCAGUCCUAGCACAGGGCACUUUAGCAUAGAUAUGGCUCUGUCGGAAGUAGCAUUACAGCCAGGCAUCGACUACUCUUUCCGCGAGUCUGACAGGUUCUAUGGAAAUGAUGAGGAGAGAGUGUUUGUCUCAUCGAUGUCAGCUCCAGACGCAGAUACGAAUGCAGGGCCCUUGUCUGGAACGAGGCAUGAUGAAGCGGGGAGGAGUCACUUGAAGAACAGCCUGGUGGCUGGACUUACAAACGCGUUUACGAAGCCCAGGCCAAAGGUUCAGGAGAAAGGCUUUCAAGUCAAGAGACCGCCCCGACCAUCCUGAUCAGUACGAGAUAUAUCAUAAAACCUUCUUCAUAGAUUAACAGAUAAAGCGGAAAUACCCUAAGUACAGGCAUGUGUCGCCUUUCCUUCAUG